CCGGGGAGCGCGGUGGUGCCUGCGGCCCGCGGAGCCCCCGGCCCGGCCCGCGGGGCCCCUGCUCCCCGCACCUUGUGCCCGUCUGGGCCCCUUCCUCGCAUUGGCUCCUUCCCACCGUUUGCCGUUCCUCCUGCGGUGUUUGCUGAGGCUUCUUUGUUUUAUUUUAUAUAUUUUUUUAAAGAGGUUCUCCUGACCUCCUCUUGCCCUGCAGAAUCCUACACAGUUCGAUGUUUAAACCUCAAUACAUGAAGUGGGUAGGGAAUGGGAAACUGUGCAGGGGUUCUCCCCUCUGACUGCGUUAAAGCUCAUGUGCUGUUCGUGGUCUGGAGGGACAUGCAGGGCUGUGGGCUUCUGAGGGGGAGCUGACUGGCAAAGCCAGCCCAUUCCUGUUUGCCGGCUUUGAGCCAGCCAGCUGUGGAACCAUUCAAUUUUCCAGGUCAGCAAGUAUACAUGAAGCUCACAAUCUGGACCUGCUAUGACUGACCCAGACGUCCUCACUGAGGUCCCAGCAGCUCUCAAGCGCCUUGCCAAAUAUGUGGUGCGUGGCUUUUAUGGCAUCGAGCAUGCUUUGGCUCUGGACAUCCUCAUCAGGAACCCCUGUGUGAAGGAGGAGGACAUGCUGGAACUCCUCAAGUUUGACAGGAAGCAGCUCAGGGCUGUCCUCAACACCCUCAAGGGUGACAAGUUCAUCAAAUGCAGGAUGAGGGUGGAGACGGCUCCCGAUGGCAAGACCACGCGCCAUAACUAUUACUUUAUCAACUACCGCCUGCUGGUCAACGUGGUCAAGUACAAGCUGGACCACAUGCGCCGCAGGAUCGAGACCGAUGAGAGAGACUCCACCAACCGCGCCUCUUUUAAGUGCCCCAUCUGCUUCAGCACUUUCACAGAUCUAGAGGCCAACCAGCUGUUUGACCCCAGGACAGGAACUUUCCGCUGUACGUUCUGCGAGACUGAAGUGGAGGAGGAUGAGUCGGCCAUGCCCAAGAAGGAUGCAAGGACACUGGUGGCGAGAUUCAACGAGCAGAUUGAGCCCAUCUACGCGCUGCUUCGGGAGACAGAAGAUGUUAACUUAGCCUAUGAAAUCCUGGAGCCAGAACCCACAGAGAUUCCUGCCCUGAAGCAGAGCAAGGAGCGUGCGGCCGGUGCUGGUUCAGGAGCAGCAGCUGGCCUUGCAGGGGGACACCAUCGGGAAGCAUGGACCACAAAGGGACCAUCAUACGAGGACUUGUACACCCAGAACGUCGUCAUCAGCAUGGAGGACCAGGAGGAUCUGAGCCGGUCUGCAGCUGAAGGAAAGCCAGCCAGAGAGAGACCCAUUUGGCUGCGGGAGAGCACGGUGCAGGGAGCUUAUGACCCUGAUGAAAUCAAAGAUGGGGGCCGGGAUCUGGAUGCAUUCCAGGAGCGUGAGGAGAGCCGGGCAGCCCUGGACGACAAUGAGGAGGUGAUGCGUGCCCUGCUCAUCCACGAGAAGAAGACGCCUUCUGCUUCCACCGUCACGGUCAGCGGUGCCGCUCCUCUCUCGGGCGGCAACGCCAGUGACUCCGAGAGCGAGACCAGCGAGUCAGAGGAGGAGUCCCCUCCCCGCCCUGCCGCCACGGCCACCGCAACGUACGGGCUGGAGGAGGAGGAGGAGGAUGAAGAGUUCGAGGUGGUGGCAGAAGACCCCACUGUCACAGUGGCUGGGCGCCCGCAUUCCUACAGCCAAGUGAGCCAGCGCCCCGAGCUGGUGGCACAGAUGACGCCGGAGGAAAAGGAGGUUUACAUAGCCAUGGGGCAGCGCAUGUUCGAGGACAUGUUCGAUUAACUGUCCCUGCCGGGGCAUUUUUUAAAAGGUGACUUUUUAAGGCAGAGACUCUUUAGCAGAACAGAAGAGUGGAGCGCAUCUUCCCUCCCCUGUGCACAGGCAGGGUCACUGCAGCUCAGCACUGCUAAUCUCAGGCAUCCUGCUCACCAGAGCGGGGCAGCAGCACAGCUGCAUGUGCCAAAACACAUAGGGGAGGACAAGUCUCAGAAGUGAGGAUGCUUGCUUCAGGGUGCCCUGCAUAGGCACUGCUGUAACCUUCUCCAAGGCCCUAGCAGCUCUUUCUCCCAAUGGCUUUAAGUUGAUUUUUGUUGCAGAUCCCAGUGAAGUCCUCAUCCCUGCUCUCAGGGGACAUAAGGGCUCCGUAGUCUAAGCAGAGCACUCUGCAGAGGAGGGCGUAUGUAACAUACAUCUGCCUGUGCUCAGUGACGGGAGAGGAGAGGGAAGUAUUUGUCUGCUGAUGGCAAGCUCGGACAGGGCUUGUAGCUGACCCUCUGCCAGCAGCCACUGGCCACCAGAGUGGCUCUUUGUAAGCAGGCCUGUAGGCAGCAACCUUUUCUUGCUCCCAUUCGCUCCCUGCUGGGACUCAGCACCUCAAGGUCAGGUGUAACUUGAAACAAGCCGAGCGAAAGCCUUGGCAAGCACAUGCAGUCAGUCACUUCUUGUCAGUGUAACAAAUACCCUCCAUGGAUCUGAGCUGCCAGUGCUCUGACUUGCCAGGAGAAACCUUCAUUUUCCAGUACUGCUGCCUGUUGCUUCUGCCUAGCCCUGUCCAUGAAGACAUGCAGACAGUUCACAGUGGGCAGAGCUGCUGUCAGGCUGUGCCAGAGAAGUAGCAUAACUAAGUUUUAUUUGCAAUCUCACCAGGGCUAUAUGAUUUUAAAAGAAAUUGUACAGUUUUGAAUUCUGCUUGGCACACUCUUUUACCACACAAAGACAUUUAUCAGUGCCUAUAGAGCAAUAUAAUGUUUUUAAUGUUUUUCUCUUUCGAUUGAAAAUGUUGCUUUUUAAAAUUGUUGUGUUUUCCUACACAGUCCUACAAUAAAACAAAAUUAUAAAAGAGUUCUGUGUUCCAGAGAGUAGGGGCAGCAUUAUGUGCUGUUCCACUUAUAUGGGCGGUACAAAUUUGCUGCUCAUUGAGACUGUAAAUCUGUUUUAUACUAACUAUGCUUUCUAUGUUCUGCUAACCUUGUAAUGCCUCCUUUGUGGUUUGAUUUUCAGCUUCUCAAUACUCUGAAUCCCCCUCUUUUUUAAAUAGUGUUUUGAAUUUUCUUUUAAGUCAUUUUAAAGAGGAAUAAAUAAACAGAAACUUC